CGUUCUGUAUUAAACUUUUGUCAAACUUACAUGAAUGAAUUCUCGUGUGUAUUAUUAUAUCUUCUUUUAAAAAAAAGUCAAUUUUUUAGAAAUAAAUAAUAAUGGCAAAUAUAUCCGCUGCUGCUUUGGCGAAUAGAAAUAAAAAACAUUUUCUCGGUGUGCCAGCACCGUUGGGAUAUGUAGCCGGUGUUGGUAGAGGUGCCACUGGUUUCACAACUCGUUCUGAUAUUGGUCCAGCCCGUGAUGCAAAUGAUGUAUCUGAUGAUCGUCAUGCACCGCCCGCGGCCAAACGUAAAAAGAAAGAAGAGGAAGAAGAAGACGAUGAAGAUUUGAAUGAUUCAAAUUAUGAUGAAUUCAGUGGUUAUAGUGGUUCAUUGUUUUCCAAAGAUCCAUACGAUAAAGAUGAUGCCGAAGCGGAUGCCAUUUACGAGGCGAUUGACAAACGAAUGGAUGAAAAGCGAAAAGAGUAUCGUGAAAAACGGUUGAAAGAGGAUUUGGAACGAUAUCGUCAGGAACGGCCAAAGAUCCAACAACAAUUCUCCGAUUUAAAGCGUAACUUGGGCGAAGUGACAUUGGAAGAAUGGUCAACAAUACCUGAAGUUGGCGACAGUCGCAAUCGUAAACAACGUAAUCCACGUGCAGAAAAAUUUACACCAUUGCCCGACAGUGUGUUGUCACGAAAUUUAGGUGGUGAAACUAGUACAAAUAUUGAUACACGAUCGGGAUUGAUGACACCCGGAGUGGCAACGCCCGGAAUGCUUACACCAACUGGCGAUUUGGAUUUAAGAAAAAUUGGUCAAGCACGAAAUACGUUGAUGAAUGUAAAAUUAUCGCAAGUAUCUGAUUCGGUGACCGGACAGACAGUCGUCGAUCCAAAAGGUUAUUUAACUGAUUUACAAUCGAUGAUACCCACCUAUGGUGGUGAUAUUAAUGAUAUCAAAAAGGCUCGACUGCUUUUGAAAAGUGUUCGUGAAACGAAUCCAAAUCAUCCACCUGCCUGGAUUGCUUCAGCUCGUCUGGAAGAAGUAACGGGAAAAGUGCAAAUGGCACGAAAUUUAAUAAUGCAAGGCUGUGAAAUAAAUCCAAAAAGUGAAGAUUUAUGGUUGGAAGCGGCACGAUUGCAACCACUUGAUACGGCAAAAGCAGCCAUUGCACAAGCUGCACGACAUAUACCAACAUCCGUUCGAAUUUGGAUCAAAGCAGCCGACUUAGAAACCGAAAUGAAGGCCAAACGUCGUGUGUUUCGUAAAGCUCUUGAGCAUAUACCGAAUUCAGUACGUUUAUGGAAGGCGGCCGUUGAACUUGAAAAUCCAGAUGAUGCACGUAUCCUUUUAUCACGUGCGGUCGAAUGUUGUAAUACAAGCGUCGAAUUAUGGUUGGCAUUGGCACGUUUAGAGACCUAUGAAAAUGCUCGUAAAGUACUGAACAAAGCACGUGAAAAUAUACCAACCGACAAACAAAUUUGGAUGACUGCCGCCAAAUUGGAAGAAGCCAAUGGAAACAUUCACAUGGUGGAAAAGAUUGUGGAUCGUGCAUUAUCAUCGUUGUCAGCCAAUGGAGUUGAAAUCAAUCGAGAGAAUUGGUUCCAAGAAGCCAUUGAAGCGGAAAAAUCAGGUGCUGUCCAUUGUUGUCAGGCUAUCAUCAAAUCAAUCAUCGAAAGUGGCGUCGAAGAAGAGGAUCGCAAGCAAACCUGGAUCGACGAUGCCGAAUUCUGUGCAUCAAAAGGUGCGUAUGAUUGUGCACGUGCUGUAUACGCUCAUGCCUUGCAAGUGUUUCCAUCGAAGAAAAGUAUUUGGUUGCGAGCUGCCUAUUUUGAAAAAAAUCAUGGAACACGUGAAAGUUUGGAAACACUUUUACAACGUGCUGUUGCACAUUGCCCAAAGUCGGAAGUGCUGUGGCUGAUGGGUGCCAAAUCGAAAUGGUUGGCUGGCGAUGUGCCGGCUGCUCGUGGUAUUUUAUCGUAUGCAUUCCAGGCAAAUCCAAAUUCGGAAGAUAUUUGGUUGGCUGCCGUUAAAUUGGAAUCGGAAAAUACUGAAUAUGAACGAGCUCGUCGUUUGCUUGCAAAAGCAAGAGCAUCGGCUCCAACACCGCGCGUCAUGAUGAAAUCAUCCAAGCUCGAAUGGGCAUUGGACGAUUUGCCAAAAGCAUUAAAAUUACUGGACGAGGCUGUUGAUGUAUUUCCGGACUAUGCCAAACUGUGGAUGAUGAAGGGGCAAAUUGAAGAACAACAAAAUCAACUUGAAGCAGCUGCCAAUACAUACUCGACUGGCGUGAAAAAGAAUCCAAAUUCAAUUCCAUUGUGGCUAUUGAUGUCGAAUUUAGAGGAAAAACGUGGUGCUUUGACAAAAGCUCGGUCCGUAUUGGAACGGGCGCGUUUGAAAAAUCCAAAAACACCAUUGCUCUGGCUGGAAGGCGUACGCAUUGAAUUACGUGCUGGACUCAGUGAAAUGGCACAAACCAUAAUGGCAAGAGCGCUUCAAGAAUGUCCACAGUCCGGUGAACUGUGGUCCGAAGCAAUCUUUAUGGAAUCAAGACCACAACGCAAAACAAAAUCGUUUGAUGCAUUAAAAAAGUGCGAACAUAAUCCGCAUGUUUUACUUGCGGUUUCGAAACUAUUUUGGUCCGAGCAAAAAACACAGAAGGCACGAGAUUGGUUCAAUCGAACGGUUAAAAUUGAUCCGGAUUUGGGUGAUGCUUGGGCAUAUUUCUACAAAUUUGAAUUAAACUAUGGAACAGAAGCGCAACAGAAAGAGAUUAUUGAACGAUGUAACGCAGCUGAACCAAAGCACGGCGAAGAAUGGUGUAAAGUAAGCAAAAAUAUCAGCAAUUGGUGUUUCAAAACGGAGGACAUUCUUAAAGCAGUCAUUAGAAAUUUACCCAUACCAACAUAGGCAUGUUUUUUUUAUACAUUUAUUUUGCAUUUAGAUUUUAUUU